AUUUGUCCAAAAAUUAAUCCUUCAUUGUUUAUCCUACAAAUUGUUUCAUUCAAUCAUAAAACGAUCGAUCGAUAAAUCACACUAACAAAAUAGGGGAUAGGGAAAGAAAUCUAUUAACCAAUCAAUGAUGAUUAUAGUAAUGUAAUUAGGGAAAAUGCACAUAUUAGACAAGAUACAAAAAAAAGGGAAUUAUACAUUCUGAUUAUCAACACCAUUGGAAUCUUGUUCAUUUUACUCUUAUUAUAUUCAAUAGCUAAACGAUUAUCAUUUUAAGAUCAUUGGGAAAAAUGCGUUUUCAUUUAACUUUAUUUGCUUUAUGUACAUCGUAUCUUGUAUUCGGUCAAGAAGAUUAUACGAAACCUGAUGAUGAAUCGGAUGAAGAUCCUUGUGAAAAUGUAAAAUGUAAAUUGGGUGAAAUGUGCAAAGAUGGCAAAUGUAACUGUUUGGAUAGUUGUCCAUCUGAAUGGAAUAGUUAUAAUCGACAAAUAUGUGUAGAUGGUGUCACAUAUAGACAUGAAUGUGAUCUAUGGAGAAAUCAAUGUUAUUGUCGAUCAGGUGAUUCAAGAUGUGGAAAUGAUCAAUUCAGUAAUCAUAGAGCAAAUGAAAAUUCUGCAAUAAAAUAUUAUGAUGAAUGUCGUGAUCUUAGCGGUUUAUGCGAUUGGGAUCAGAAUGAAAGUACAUUUUCUCUUCGACUUGGGAUGUGGUUUCAAGAGUUGUUACGUCAAAAAUGGUCUUCUGCUUCUUGGUCAAAUGAUGAUGAUAGUCUACUUCGUCCAAUGGAUGCUAAAGCAAGAAGUACUACAAGUAAAUUAGUAUCACAAAGUUCACCUCAUGAAAGAGUUAAUGGUGCUGUGAUUAGUUAUUGGUUUUGUGAACUUGAUCGAAGGAAUAGAGGUUCAUUACAACAAGAUGAUUUGAACUACUUAUAUCAAUUGUUAUUACCUUCAACACCAUGUUUAGAAGUAUUUAUUAAUCGAUGUUCCGGUUCUGGUGGAAUAUCAUUUGAUCAAUGGCAUAAUUGUUUUGAUAUUCCUCAAGAAGAACGUGUUCAAUGUAACGAAUUCAAAUAAACAAUUUGUAAUAUUGAUCAUUGAAUGAGAGAAAAAAAUAAGAGAAAACUGGUUACAUACAAACAAACAAACGAAAAUGCAACAAUUUUUUUUGUUUUUUUUGGGGGGGGGGUGGAUUCUAAGGAACUUAAUUAUGAUUGUGGAAAAGCAAAACUGUUAUUUAUUAAAUAAAUUCUUUUAAAUCUUCCAAAUGUAAACAAUUGUAUACAAUCAGGUCUAUUGUAACUUAGUAACUCACUGAAGACAAUGGUGGAUGUGUCGCUCAAUUUCGUGGAUUGGUUGAAGUUGGACAUCAUUAACAUCAUCAGAUGCCGGCCAGCUCAAUGGUCUAGAGGUUAAGUGUUCACACUCAAGAGAUUGAAGGUAUUUGGUUUGAGUUCCUUUGGUGUGUGUGUGUGUGAACAUGGAUGUGCACUGCUGAGGAGUCCGACAGUAAGACAAAACAUCUGCCUAGUACUUCCAGGCUUUCCAUGAUGAUCUAGCUUCAAUUGACUCAUGAUCUCAACUAUUAAAGUUACUACAAUAUUCGCAAAUAUCCCUUCUGAUAUUAAUCACCGUAUGAUCACUAGUUAUUAGGGG